GGAGAUCUCUUACUCGCCGGCCUCAUGGCGGCUUACACCAAAAACGGCAUUUUCGCUUCCCUGUUCAUUUUACACAGCGUCUCCGCCGCGCCCAAGCCUUGGUACUACGCGCUCUACGUUCCAGGGUCUGGUUGGGGCGUCUUUUCCACGUGGGACCUCUGCGCAGCGCACGGCGCCGUCGGGGGCUCGAGGGCGCGCCACAAGAAGUACCGCGACAUCCAAGAGGCGCUUGGACGCCCUCCUCAUGGGCUAGCUAAGCUCAAAAAGAAUUUUACAAAAGAAUUGCGGCCCUUCAAACAUGUCGGACUCGAAGGAGAAGGAGAACGCCGCCCCACUGCCGCCGCCGCCCACCGCGCUCGCAAACGUCAAGCGCUCCCUCCUCGAGAAGAAGCGCGCGCUCUCUGCGCUCGGCACGUCCCUCUUCCAUCCGCCGGCCUAUGAGGACUACGUCGGCACGCCCCACGCCAUCAAGCGCAAGCGGGCCAGGGCGGCCGCCAAGCGGCACAGCGCCUUGGUCGAGGCAGCGGAGGUGGGCUCGUCGCCCGGCGAGGUAGACGCCGCGUCCAAGAUCGACUGGCCGAGCGAGGUGCGCGCCGAGCUCGCCGGCGCGCAGCGCAGCAUCAAGCUGGCCGUCUCCGAGGUUGCCUCGCGAGCGGACCACCAGGCGGACCGCCUGUUUGACGCCCUCGACUCGGUCGCCCGUCGCGUCAAGGACGGGGCAAACAGCCUGAAGGCAAAAUUGCCCAUCAGCGCCACGCCCGUCGGCGGCGGCGGCGACGUCGUGCAGAGCGGCGUCGCGUCAGUCAUCGGCAGUGCGGCAUCCGCCGCCGCCGCCGCCGCCGCCGCCGCCGAGGGCGCCGCCGCUGGUGCGGGCAGGGCUGCAGAGGCGGCGGCCGCAGCGGCUGGGGAGCGGAUGGAGGAGCUGGCCAGCGCAGCCGCUGUGGCGACAGACGCGGCCGAAGCGGCGGCAGGCCACGCGGCGGCGGCGGCGGCGCAGGCGGCGGCGGCGGCGCAGGCGGCCACCGACGAGGCGGCAAAGGCGGCGGCAGAGGCGGCGGCCGACGCGGCGGCGGCGGCGGCGGACGCGGCGGUGUUGGUGAGCACGGCACUUGAGGGCACAGUCGAGGAGACGGCAGGCGCCAUCAAGGUGAUCCUCGAGGAGGGCGCAGAGUCUGUCGAGCAGCAGCUCGAGGCGGCCGAGUCGGCACUCAGUGCGACGGUGAGCACGGCGGCGGCGAGCAUCGAGGCGGUCGUCGGCGCGGGGCUGGGCUUCGAUGGCGCCGACGCUGAGUAGGAGCAGCGGGUUCCAGACGACCCACGGUGCGAGCCUUGGCAAAGGCAUUGUACUCUCGGACGCCGGAGAGCGACUGAGAGCGAACUCCCUCUCGAUCCCUCGCAGCACAGUGAGUGCGGGGGUUUCCUGUGGAUCUCUCUCUCUCUCACUCUGAUUCUGAUGAGAUGAUAUCGCCCUCACACACGAGGGUCGAGCGUGUGUCUCUCCACGGCACUGUGCGUAUAACGUAUAAAGGACGAUUGGGAGUAUAUUCUAACGUGUUAAACCGUAAACGUGUGU